CAAACUUUUUUUUUCAUCUAAAAAUAUCAACUUAUGUACAUGUACAGCACUUUUCACUUUUAUAUAGAAAUUCCCCAAUAGUAACUGUUCAAUUUUUUCAGUAAUUUAUUAAAUUGUAGAUUGGUUACAAUGAAAAGCUAUGAAAAUACAUUUAUCCGAGGUCCUUCGCCGUCAUAUUCUGAUGAAGUUAUGUCGGAGCACGUCAUAAGUGCAUCAUUACCUAUUCCUGUGGGAGGAACCUUAAGAAAUGAAAAUUUUUUAAAUGAAGAGCUAACAAAAACAUAUGAUAAAGAAAUAAUCUACAAAUCAUUUAAACAGCAAAACAGGAAAACAUUCGCCUUUUGGACAGCAGUUACAAUUUUGGUAAUCUUAACGGUUGGUAAUCUAUUCUUAACAUUAACAAUUAUUGGCGUUUUGCAUCUUGGAAGAGGAAUUCAUGGCAUGGAGUUGAUACCUGAAGAAGAUGUUAUUAAAUUUCAUGGCUCUACUGAUCUGGAUCGUAUUUACACCAAAUUAAUUGGUCAAAUAGAAGGAUUUAAAAACGAACCAAUAAGUAUUACUAGUGAAGGUGAAAAGGCCAGUGUAUUUUUGCGUGUGCAAACUCAUCGUAAUGGACUUGUUAAUAAUAAAUUGAUUUUAGACAAAUCAGGUAUACAAUUUCGUGACGUUAAUGCAUUUGUUAUAAAAGAUGCAAUACAUGGGGCAAACAUAUUUACAACACAUCGACCACAUUAUAACAUUCCAAAAGGGCUGGAUAAUUUAGUUGCAAAAGCAGUAAGUACUAGUAAAAUUUCUAGCCCAAUUGAUAAAGACCUUAGGAUCGAAAUCGAUAGUAAGGUUUCAAUAAAAGGUUCGGAGGGCAUAUUGUUGGAUUCUUUAAGUACACUUAUUCAAGCGGAGCAUAAUGUAGUUAUUAAUUCAACUCAAGGUGCAACAAUACUUAAAGGAACUGGAAUAUAUUUAGAUAUGGAUAAAAUACCGAUUGUCAGUUCCGAGUUCGGCUUACGUACGGGCAGUGUACAAUACAAGAUUUGUGUUUGCAUGCCACAAGGAAUUUUAUUUCGUAUAGCAAUUCCACGCAUUCAUAAUGGCCCAAAAUCUACGUGUGCUCAUUUCAGUGCCAAAUAUGAUCCAUGUGGCAUUAACAGUUAAAACAAAUUAAAUUUGCUAGGAAUUAUUCAGUGUAUAUCAUUUUAAUGCAGAAAAUAAAAAUUCUUGCUAUAAAAUAAAUAUAAUUUGCAAAAAAUAAUUAUUUGUUUCUUAUAAUAAAAACAAUUAAUACGAUAUAAGAUAGUGUACUUAAAUAUUAAUCACACGCUUACAUAUAUUGUUAAUAUCCCAAAUGUUUCUGUACUGAAUGCUUUUAAAUAGUAUAUUAUAUUUAAUAAAAUUUAACAAUAAUCAAAAUACAGUCGGGUGUUCUUUAUUUUAUUAUUUAUAUUUACACAGAGCAGCUCACACCGUCUUUCGUACAAGCAAUAUUUUUGUAGAUAUAGUCUUGA